CUGCUUGGUGCAGUUUUUGCUCUGACCUCACAGAGAACCUCUGUGAUGGAAGAAUGAGUAUCCUCUGUAUAAGACUGUGGACCGGCCUGUUGUAUUUGUCCAUACAGAGCAGGGAGCUACUUUUGGUGACCUGUGGGACUACUUCGUAGCUGUCUAGCUUGUGGAUUGCCGAUUGUUGAACCUCACAACUUGUGUGUACCAGAGCACAGGGAAAAGUCAGCCUCAUGGCCAGCAACUCCAAAAAGAAGAGAUUGGGAAGUCAGUAUAGGGUCCUUUUCUAUCUUGGCGAGGGUACAUUUGGCACAGUGGUAUUGGCCUCACACCUGAAAACUGAGGCCCUGGUGGCCAUAAAAAUGGUAGAGAUCAGCAAGGAGACCCUCAAAGUUAUCCAGACCGAACGAGAAAUACUGGCGACACUAAAACAUCCCAAUAUCAUCUGCCUCUUCCAGGUCCUAAUAACAUCAAGCCACGUCAACUUCGUACUGGAGUACGCAUCGGGAGGGAACUUAUUUGAUUUAAUACAAGAGCAUGGCCCACUGCAGGAGGAAGAGGCAAAACAUAUAUUCGGACAAUUAGUGGCCUCUCUGAAAUAUUGCCACAACCUUAAUAUUGUCCAUCGAGACAUUAAACCACAGAAUGUGCUCCUCGAUGAAGAAAGAAAUGUAAAGCUGACAGACUUUGGCCUGGCCAUAAAGUGUAGCCCUGGAAGAUUACUGAGCCGGAAAUGUGGGACCAGGAGAUUUUGGGCGCCAGAGAUACUGCUAGGGGAGCCAUACGACAGCAGGAAGACAGAUGUAUGGAGUCUUGGUGUGCUACUAUUCUUUAUCACCACUGGGGACCACCCCUUUGCAGGAAGAACCUUGAUAGAGUUCGAAAAAAGGCUUACCACAGGGACCUAUCGUAUUCCACCUUACAUGUCUGUUAAACUGGAAAAUCUCAUACACCAGAUCCUCACAGUUCCCCCUGAGAAGAGGCCCUCCAUUGAAGACAUUGAGAAACAUCCGUGGGUCAGAAAAUGUGAUGUAACUGUUCGGACUGAUAGCUUCCCAGAUUACACCAUCAUAGAGAUGCUCUGUGGCAUGGGGUUUGAUGCCAAUAAGAUCUUAGAAUCCCUGCAGAAGAAAAAGUUUGAUGAGAACAUGGGGACAUAUUUGCUUUUAAAAGAGCAGGUAGGCAAAGGGAUUGAGUAUACCCCUACCCCUUCUCCCAAACCUGCGGAUCUGUGCCCUGCGCCACCCCCAUCACCAGCACAUACCUCCGGUCUUCCCCAAAAAAGAAGGGCCAGUGAACCCAACUUUGGCCUCGUCCACAUCUGGCCCUCAGGACAGCAGGGGCCUCCUGCCCUGACACGAUCAGGACACAAGUUGGCCAGGAGUGACUCCAUGCCUCCCAUUGCUCUUUAUUUUCCUGAGAAGAAGAGCACCACUCCUAGCUGUGCCAUCUAUACCGGAGCUGUGGUUGCCCCAUGGAUCUCCAACACCCUUUUGGAAGAUGACACAUACCUGCCACCUGCUGAAGACGUUACCAUGGAAACAUCAUCUCCCACUCUGAAGAUUGGGUUCUUCAGAAGACUGCUCAAUCGACUCAGGAAUUGCCUCUCAAGGCUUUGUUGCAUCUCCCGGGCUCCAGAGACAAACACCCAGCGUAGAUCCUCCAAGAAAGUGGCUCCCCUGAAAGAGGUCGGAAGCAGAACCCGGUGAAAGGCUUCUCCUCUGCAGAUGACAGCGCUGCACUACCGAAGCUCGUGCUUGCAAGGCCAGGAAAGUCGUGGAUCCCUGACAAUGAAGGCAGUGGUUCAUUGUUGCUGCGGAUCACCUUUCAAAAUAACAACCCUAAACUAGAAACACAAAGUAAAAUUAUCCUACCGAUGUGAGACUGUUGUACAGAGGGAAUCUCAUGUCCAGAUGGAAUCUCAUGUGAGGAUCUGGUGCCUGGCAGAGGAUCAAUUUCAAGGCUCUAAUGGGCCACCUCAAAAGUUUCCCUGCCAUUCAGAAGGACAACCAGGGCCUGACCCUGUGGCUGCUGUAUCAGUGUGGAGCAUCUGCCUAAAAUGGACACUAGCAUCUCUAGACAAAGGAGAGGCUGGAGUGCCACACUUGUACUGCAUGCCCAACCAUUAAAACAGUAGCCAACCAACUGUUGAGGUGUGUACACAAUGAUACAGGAUUCUGCACAGAGACUCCAUUCACAAUAAUAGGGCCUCUUUUGUAGCCACCCAAAGCAGGCCGAUGCCUUCAGCCCCUGUACCCCAAGACCAAAUAACAGGCAUUUUUUUAGGACACAUAAGCUGGUCCUUGUUUCAGUUCCUUACCCCAUUCAUUUUGUCUCCUAUCAAGAAAACUUUUCCUGCCCAUCUCAGAACUGAAUCUUGUUCCACAAUUCAGGGAACACAUGUGAAAAGAGGAUUUGGACCUCUCUGUCCUCACGUCUCUGUAUGGACACUCUGGGUGGACCAUCUCUGGAAGAUCCUGUCCCAGCUGCAGGAUGGCCUGAGCGCCUGUACUGUCCAUAUCUACUGAAAGAAACACUCGAGGCAAUAGACUAUCCUGUCAAAGGCAAUGCAUUCUGCCCUUGACAAUGAUGUGAACAUUCCGCUGUCUCCACAUGAACACACCCAGCCUGCCCCAACAUUGUGCUAUAGUCACUAUGGGGACAAGAAGGAGAAGAGGACUAUGAGAGUAGGAUGCUGGAUGCCAAAAUAAUAAUGAUUGAGUCACCCUCUAGUGAUGACGAUGAAGCUCAGGCUCUACACUUCAGUGUGAGAGCUCAGUGUUGUUUCUGGAACCGUGUCCACACCAACACCCAGGAAACCACAGGCUUUGGAUGGUGGAUGCUUCUGACCAGACGGGGAGAGUGGAGGCUUGAGCACUUAAGUCCCUGCAGAUUUCUCAACCUGCCUGAACUCUCUGCUAAUCCAGUGUUCCAGUACUCUCCAACGGUGAGGCGAGAGAAGACCAGAGAUGUUUGCAACUCUGAUCCAGUCUAACUGAGCUUCCAGUGCUCAAACACAGAGCGUGGACAGAGAUUUUUGAGGCCUCUCCAUGAAUGCUGUCCAGAAUCAAGCUAUGGGGGAGUUCAGUGUGGGAGACGUGCAGGACCUUGGAUAGAGUCUGGGGUCUCGAGAAUGAAAUGUGUCUUCAUUAGGGCCAGAAGACACAUGAGGAGUGGCCCAGUAGAUACAGAAGACACAGUGUCAUGAUGUGGAGUCCAAGGCCAAGGGAGGUUACUGAGAAAUCCAAUGCUUGUAUGAGUGAAGCUGGACAUGAACAGUGUGGAUGGACGUGGUCCCUUUCACUUCAAGCUGCAGUGUUGUCGCCAGCUGCUGAGAAGCCCAUGUCCCAGUAGACUAUCCUCUGACAAGAAUAUUAUGCCUUUUAAGCUCAUGUGACGAUUUCUCUGUCUCCAUAUAGGAGACCAGGCCAUACAAGGUGCUACUGUCACUGAGGAGACAGUAAUGAGAGGAGGACUGUGACAGUGGGAGGCGUCAUGCAAAAGUGAUGUGAGGCUCAGAUGCAUCUGGAAGCUUUAUGGUGCAACCCCUUCUCCUCUCUUCAGAUCUUCAUUCUAUGCUGGAGUCUUCCUAGUGACAGCCCUGUCACCAAACGACAGCAACGUCUCCCUUAAUCUCCCUCGUUCUUGCUGCUCAGUCUUGAGACUAAAGAGCCUAGAGGAGGGCCUCUACAGAUCAGUCAGUGGGUGUCCCCUGACCACUGCCACUGCAUUUUCUAGGGAUUGUGUUCUAUGUGUGGGAUGUAUGAGAGAGCUGGUCUCCCAGCUCUUGGGAUGCAGCCUGUUCCUCAUUUCCUGGACAGUGCCUGCUCCAGUCUUCCUCUUGCAUCAUGGAAGCCAUUCUUCCCUUCACAGGCCUGACUUCAUUUUUACCCACAAGGAGGAAGGGUGAAGAUUGGCUCUGAGAUGUGACCCCAGCUUCUAGACUGUCUAUGUGAAGUGGUAUUAUCUGACCUUUUCUCAGAUGCCAUUCUAUAGGCACAGAGAUGUGCAAGGCUCUAGCUAGGUGCUAGAUCCCAGGAUCAUUAAUGUCAUGGACAACCUGUGCCCAAGGAGCUAACACACUGACACAGUCCAGGACAUCCAGGAAGACGAAAGUGGUGAGAUCAAAAGCCCUCAGAGUGUUAGGUGAUGCAACAUGCCAAAAGCCUGAACUCUACGCUCCCCUUGUGCUGGUGAUGGGAAAGUCAGAAGAUGAAGAGGCUAUCCUGAUGGCUGGACAAUGUAGCAAUCCCAGAAACAAGAGGCCAUGCUCCUGCAUGUAGAUCCACCAUUCUUCACAUAUGCAUGUUGAGUUUCUAAGCAGAUGUCUCUAGCUAUGAUUCUGAACUUCAGAAAAGCAGUCGAAGGUCAUGAGGAGUCCUGAUAGAAUCAACACAGGCUAGAGCCAAAAUCGCGAUGCUGUGUCCUAAAGUCCUUUCCUGUUUGGAGCUGCUGAGUGUAGUCUGAACUGAGAGUCUGGACCUGCUCUCUCAGUGAAGGCACAACUUCUUGAACUCUGACUCUGAACUGUACUUGUGGCUAAUGCUCCUUAUGAUCCAAAAACCUAAUUCAGCAUUGAAAAUAUAAGCUUCCAACCUCCAACCUGGAACAUUCUGUCUCAGAAAGGACAGUGUGUACACUUGAAUGGAAAGACCAGAUCCUGGUGCUUUCCCACAAGAAGUUGCUGAAUGUGGCUACCUGGAAGGACAACCAAAGAGGGCUGCCAGAGAGAAGGCCACUACCAAUUAGUCAAGCAACCUCAGCUGCAUCAUCACAAGCAUCUGUAGUAUGGAGGUCUGGUAAACACAGUGUGGGCCUUUUCCUUCCCUGGAUGCCACCAUCAAGUGAGAUAUAGGUCGUUCACAUCACUGUGUGAACCUAGAAUUCCUCUGCAGGUAAGGGCUUGGGAAAAGGGCCGUGUGCAGAAGUGCUAGUGGUUGAUAUCACUGGCUAUUCCUUAAAUAUGAGAAAUCCGAGUAUCCAGCCGUUACAGAGCACCUUCCUUCCUUGCUCCCUCUAACCCCUAACCCUUAUAAGAACACCCUGAAGGCAAUAUUUAGAUUAUGACUGGAGAUGAGACAUUCAGAGGGAGGGAGGCAGGGUGCCUCACCGAGCGUGACAUGGGAGCCACAGUUUGAUAACGUUUACUGAUGAAGGGAACCACCAGAUAUAUUCCACUGUUGUCCCUGGGUUGUUUUAGAGUCCUUGUGAUACUCUGAAGCAAAACCUUUUAGCUUCAUUUCCAUCACAGUGACUGGACACUUCCAGUCAUAUACUGGAAUUAUAUUGUUAUAUUGCAUUACCACAGUGAAGCCAAGGCAUAUCUGCAAAGGGGACGCCCAUGUCAUAUGCUUGCAUGUGCUCAUCUAAAGCUCUGUGCUAUUGUGCAGCCUGGUACCCAAGCCUAAGGAAUGGCACUGCCCAAAUUGUUGUGUCUUCCCAUGUCAAUUAAGAUAAUGAACUUGAUCCUCUAUAGACAGUCUCACAGGGAACUUCAUCUAGAGCAUUCCUCUGUGAAGACUCCCUCCAGGUCACUUCUCCUGCACUACUUAAGAUUACUAAUUAAAGGGCAUGAAUUGCUCCCAGUGGCGACCAUAUCUCCCAACAUUGAAAAUUGUCAGAUUCGUGACUAGAGGUUUCAGCUUCUCAUUUUACCCAGGCUCAAACCUGACAUCUUGUGGUGUGUCCUACCUGGCCCUCUCAGCUUCUCCCUACAUUAUACCUGACACUGUUUUCACUCAGCCAUCAGCUCAUCACUGGGAUGUCUCUACUGUGUCCUUGACUAAUGCUUUCUACACAGGGAUUAAGAUUUCGAAGCAGACAUCUUUGCCUUCAGGUUGAUCUAUUUUUCUAUUUCCUCUGCUAGGUCCUUUUACAGGAGUGGAGUCCUUCCCUCCAAGGGAGGUUAGCAACUGGUCAGACAUUCAGGCCAUUUUCCUCUGCUAGCCUGUGCUUCUUUGAGUAGGUCCAAUUCAGUGCUACUAGUUUUAUAGGUGGAAGAACAUGAAUGAUCUGAGGCUGUGCCAGUCCAUGCUGGAGAAGUACCUGACUGGACUGAGGAGUAGAAACCUCGGCCAUGGACCAUGAAUGUGCUGUUCUCCUUCCAUGGAUGACAGUCAGGACAAUGGAAUCUUCUCUGUCCUUCAGAAUUUUCUUGGUUGUUGAUUUGGGGAAUCCUCAAUCUCUCAACUUAGUUCUCUAAUGUCAAGUAGUAUUGAAUCUUAGCAUCCUACUUUAUUUGCCCCUGUUAUUUCUGUCUACCUUUAUUUUGCCAGAACUUUGUAUGGCUAUGACAGUACGUUUGUAUCACUUUAGGAUUGGCAAGGCCACAUCAGGGUAACCAGAGCCCUUACACAUGAUAGUCUUCUUGUAACACUAAUCUUGACUCAGUGGUGAGAGAGAACUUAAAACUCAGAGCAUGACCUGCCCCAGUGUGGUUCCUGAGCCUGGGAACUCAAAGCUCAACAGUCCAACCUUCUUCGUUUAUUCUGGGUUUGGACCUUUUGCAGUCUUUUCUUGUCAGUGUCAACAACUACUUCGGUAGUAGCUGGAAGUCCAGAAAUCAAGGGGUGGGCGUUUCUUGCAUGAUCUUGACCCAUAUUGGGUCUUCUAACUUCUGUCUCCACAUUCAACAUUAAAUAUACCACAUCUCUCCAAAGGUCAUGCCUGUUCCAGUAUCCUGAACUCAGUGAGGAGGUUGGACUAAGUGUCAAAGGAAUGAAGGUCAAGCUCUGGAUUUUAUCAGAGAGUCUGAGCAAGACCACUGAUGUUCUGGGAAAAACUUGACUUUUCAGUGGAAUCUUCAUCUGCUGUACAUAACCAAAAGCCUUUGCUGUGAUGAAAACCAGGGAAUGCUAACAAAUCUGCAUACUGCUAUGUUCCAGAGGAUGAUAAAAGGUGCUGCAGUUGGCAUGACUGCUGACAAGAGACACUGAGAGGUUCACUUCAAAUUCAAUAUUCAGAUUGUCUUCAUGGUCUUUCCUUAGUCUCCCCUUAGAGACAGAACUGAAAUUCACCCUGGACCACAUCUUUUACAUGAAGAUAUGGAGGAAGAACCUUUUGGCCAUCAUAUUCAAGCCUGCAUGAGUUCAUAUUUGUGUCCCAGGCCUCGAGCUUUUGAGUCUCCAAGGGAAAACUUUUGGUGGUGUUGCUACAGGAUCUACAUGCGGGUCUCUUUGUUUGCCUUCUGUACAUGGAUAACACAAGUGAUGUUCUGACCCCUUUGUAGGGAGGAGAACAAAGACCUGGAGAUGUCAUGCUGUUCACCUGUUCAAACAGUGCAGAAGAGCAGGCAACCAACACCAGACCUUCUGGGUGCUAGGACCCUGUCACUAUGCAAGGGCUAUCUAGGAUGACUCUGUACAGGUGAUAUGGCAGAAGUUAAUUCUUUCCAAAAGAGCUUGACUGACAUAGUGAAGAGAGCUCCCACAACUUCCCUGUCACAGUCUCCAUCAGUUCUUCCAUGUCUCCUUGGCUAUCACUUCAGAGAGCUUCUGAUUCUCCUGACAGGAGAGCUCCAGCAAAAACUCGGACUUCAGGCUAGAGGGACAAGUAUAGCAAUGGGGGUAUUAUGCAUUGGUGCAGUGCUAGCACAUCUGGGGGCUGCAAAGACUGGUGAGAAAGACCUGGGAAAAUAUCUUCGGCAAGAAAUCCAUUCUUCUCUCAACUCACAAGUUCCUUCAUUUUGUUCUCCAUAUUCAGUCUCAUGAUACUGAACAGACUGUUCUAGCUGAUGAGGCCGGGCUUAGAAGAUGGACUACAGCCAAGAACCCUGGCCACCAUAACGACAAGUCACACCUUUAGGAAACACUUGAAAAGCACUUAUGCACAGUAGAAAAGUACAAGGAUUAAAGUCUCCUCAGGCAUUCCAGCAUAGAGAGAGUCUGACAGACUCAGGUCAGAGGUUACCUCCAAAUAAUAGAAGAGGAAGAAGGUCCUGCUUGACAGAAGAAGCCUGUGGCUGAGGCCAUUGCAACAAGGACUAUGAUUGUGAAACUUGUUUCUCCGUGGAUACUGGUUUCAGAAAUCUUGUGCCCAGGUACCCACAGUCCUCCUCACAUACCUCAUUUUAUAGAACUUUGCAAGUCCUGACAUUGUGUCAUGUGCUUUGUUAUCCCACAUAGGGUAACAAAGAUUUUUACCCAUUUAAGAGUCUGGAAAUAGGCUGGACCCACUGUUGACAUUAAAGGUGCAUUUCUCUA